GGGCCGAGGGCCCGGCAGCCGCUCGCUCCGCCCGGAUGGCGGAACCCCCUCUGCACUGUCCCUAAUCCCCGCCGAUCCUCCCCCCGGUCCCGGCUUCCGCCCGCCGAGGGUUGGAUACCGGUGACCGAGCGUGGCUGGGUUCGGCAGGGAAUCCUAGCGAUGGACUGCCCUCUUGGCAGAGGAGGGAGGGAAGGAUUGGAGGUGGCGGGAGCGGAAUAUAGAUGUAGCCUUGGAAAGGGGGUUAUGCGGAGCGGGCUCCGGCUUCCGCGUAGGGAGUGCUUUAAACAUGUUCGGUGUGUAUCUUUGGAGUUGGCUUUCUGUCCUCCUAAGCAGUGUUCUCUGGAGUAGAAUGAAGGUUGCUGGCUGAUGGAGUGGUUGCUGAAACAUAAGUGAGGUGUUCACACCCACAUCAGGAGUUACCCACUGGAGUUAACCCUCGUAUGUUUGUGGUAAUGCACAGGGGUUCAGUUUGGUGCUAGGUGCAGUUUUUUAGGUGUUAAUGUGAUAGUUACACAGAAAUACUACUGUGUUCUUCGAUGUCACAGGGUUCCUUCACCAACUUUACCAAAUAUUCCGGGCAGAGAUUGUUAGAGGGAGAGCAAUCACCACCUGACACACAUCAUCUUGCUGUUGUUUACCAGCAGUAUAGAAUCACGCCACUAAUGGGAAGUGACUUGUAGCUGAUACUGUACUGAAGUUUUUCCUCUUUAUUGAUGUAUUGUCCAGAGCAGGUUUAAGGAACUUCGCCUUUAACCUUGUUUGGUUUCUUUCCACUGUUUUCAUAGAGUAGGUAUUCUGGUAUGGGUGGAUAGAUGCAUAGAAAUAUGUGCGGCCUAAAGCUCCUGAGUGGUUCCUUUCAGAGGAGGCUUGGCUUCCAUCACUUAUAGACACUGUGGAAGUGUAAGCAUUUCUAUCUGUUCUUGUGCGGAAAAGGCUUUUGCUCCUGAAACUACUGUUUUCUGCCUGCAGCUGUGCCACUCAGGAUUCUUUAUUGCAGUAGACAGACUGUGAAAUUGACAUUGAUAUAAGGUAUAUUUCUUCUUAAUGUGCUGGGGCUUGUGCUCCAGGUUCUAAUUUCAUGACUGAAAGCUGAGUUAUGGCUGUGAACAGAUGUCUAAAGGAUUAUUUCCUUAAUGAGUCGUUCGAAGCUUGUACCUCUGUUUUCUCCUGCUACUGUAAGGACUACAUUUUCUUCCUGUAACACUUAUUAUCAGGAGGGUCAAAAAUCCGAGAGAGAAUUGAUAGUUGGCUAAGAAAGGGCAAGGUACAAAGAGUGACUAAAAGCAAUCAGCAACAAGGUCUCUACAGGAGAGAGAAGGUGGAUUUUUCUGUUCUUCAGGUUUGGAAAGCUUUAUUAUUGGUGAAUUGUGAAGAUAGAGCUUGUUCUUGUAUCUUCAGCAAGAUUCACUGUUAACAUAGAAGGCACUGACAAACAAUGUAAACCAGGCAGUAUGCCUUAGCGAAAGCUAAUUCUGACCUUUUUUGUUGCUUGCAAUUGAUGAGAAUUGCGUAACACAUUUGCACAGAGGAAGUCAGAGCACAGAAAUUUUGGAUGAAAAAUGAUUGGCGUUACAAUGUACGUGAAGAAAACUUGUCUAGCAUUAUACCUUAUUUUUAGUCUUUUAUUAUUUCUAUUCCUGUUCAUCCAUUCUUCCUUUUGGCCUCUUCCCUGAACUUUAAACUACUCUUGUAACAUUUCCUACCCAGUUGUACUUGUGCAAAGCUCACAGAAAUGAGUCAGCUGGCUUCACAUGUGUUAACGUACAUGUAGAGAUAACAAUAGUGAGAGAUUUCUCUCCUCCUUAGCUAUGUUGAAGUCAUGUUUUCAAUGAUUCUUGCCUCCACAGAGUUGCUCUCCAGAAGCAAUGCCCAUAAAUGAGUGGGUUUGGAAUCUUUUUUAAAACCUUCUUAUAGAGAUAGAGCUGUAAAUCAGUUCUACCAGGAGACUUGAAUCACAUUUUGUAGUCUUUAGUGACUUAAUUAAAAGUCUGGUGUUGGCAGGGGUUGGAAACAGUGGUAGGUUUAAGGUUAGGCUGAGACUAAGCUCUUUUUAUGUGCAGUUUUUAAUCACCUUCACUCUCCUGUCGCUUGUAUGUUGCAUUGCACCUUGCCCAAUGUGAUAAAUCAACCAAACAGAGCAGGGUCUGAUGUGACCCUUCUUUAGAAGAACACAGAAGUGAUCACACCUGAGGUGUGAACCAUGAGUUUUCUGUCCUGAAGCCUGAAAGUGUCUCUUUGAAACAGCCCAGGAGGGACUAGGCUGCAGAAAUCUGCUCCAGUACCUGUUGCGUCAAGAGGUUCUAGCAACUAACCUAUGUUUUCUUCUCCUGAAAGUGUCUUCAAUAACGAUAAUGUGGCUUCUGGAUUGCUGAUAUUCAGUUUUAAGUGCCUGUCUUGCACCUCUCAUGCACAGUUAAAACAGAUCUUCCUGGCAGUGACUCAGAAUGUGUAGAUGAAGAAAAUGUUACCUGUGGUGUGACAAGCUGAGGAUUUCCCCAGGGCAAAGACAGCACCACCGAAACACAGCUGACCUGAAGGGUCUGUUACAGUAAUGUCAUUCAGAUUGAUUUGGACAAAUGGAUGGGAGGCGCACUGUUAUAAAGGCCUGAGCACUUCCAGAUCGUUUGGCAGGUUCUGAUUGCCAGGGUAUGAGCUUCUUUUCCAGGAUUUUCCGUAGAAGAUGGAACAGGAAUUCCUUGUAUCUGAAGAAAACCAAAUGUUCUGUGGAUGCUUGUCCUUGCUUCUCUGUCACCGACAGGCUACAUCUCUCUACCUUGCAGAAGCACGUCCUUAGCUCCAGAGUCCAGGUCUAUGUAAGAAUGGCAUCACUUUGCUGCUUCUCCAGGAAGAUGCAGAACAGAUGCAUUAAUAGCACUGUAGGUGAGAUUAGUUUGGGGAUGUGAAUACAAUGAGUGUAAACCAGCAAGCUCACACAGGGCCUCCUUAUGGGCAACCUCAGCCUGGAUAUCAGGGAUACCAGCAGCCUGCGUACGGAGGACAGCCGUUGCCGGGGGUUCCUCAGUCACCGUAUGGAGCUUAUAAUGGUCCGAUGCCAGGAUAUCAACAGCCAGUCCCUCCACAAGGUUACUUUCCUUCCUUGGGGUUCCCCUCGAAGGGCUGUCCUGUAUCUCUCAACUCUGACACUUCUCUUGCACCUAAUUUCAUAGGUUCCUUAAGAGCCCCUCCAACAUCCGAAGCCCCCCCUCCGGCCUCUGGAGUAUCUCUUCCUUCUGGGCACCUGGCAUACAGCCAGUUUGGACAGGGGGAUGUGCAGAACGGAAUUCCAACCUCGGCAGCCCAGAUGCAGCGGCCACCUGCUUCUCAGCCGUUUCCGCCAGGCUCAGCACCCUCACCUAUCAGACAGACAUCUGCGUUCCAGCAAUACGGUCCCACCACAGCUGGCGUGCAGCAGCUCAGCAACCACAUGGCAGGGAUGACCAUUAGCAGUGCAGCUGCUGCUGCUCCUCCCCCAGCUGGACUGGGCUACGGUCCCCCAACAUCGGUUCCCCCAGUCUCAGGAAGCUUCAGUGCAGCAGGAUCUGGUCAUUACACACCCUACACGGCAACGCAAGGACCCCCUCCCACCAGUGUGUCUCAGGACCUUCCUCUGGCACAGCCUCCGUUCCCUGGUCAGCCCAUGCCGGCUCAGCGUCUGCCUGCUCCGGCCCCUGGUUUUCCCCCUCCUCCCUCCUCUUACCCCCCUACCACAGUCGCUUCAAGGCCGCCGGCCAUGCCAGGCCCUCCGCUGCCUGGGCAGACCGUUGCUGGACCACCAGCGGCCCAGCCUAACCACGUGUCCUCACCACCGCCUCCAUCAGCCAUGGCAGGGCCACACUCAGGGCCUCCCAUGAGAGGCCUCCAUGGACCACCUCCUCCCACUCAUCCUGCUCAGCCAGGAUACCAAAUGCAGCAGAACGGUUCGUUUGGGCAGAUGAGGGGUCCCCAACCAAACUAUGGAGGAGGCUAUCCAGGAACACCACAUUAUGGAACUCAGCCCGGACCACCGCCUCCGCCAAAACGCUUGGAUCCAGAUUCCAUUCCUAGCCCUCAACUUAAUGAGCUGCCACCCCAGCAGAAACCCAGGCACAGAAUAGACCCAGAUGCAAUUCCUAGUCCAAUUCAAGUGAUUGAAGAUGACAGAAGUAACCGUGGGUCAGAACCGUUUGUCACUGGAGUGAGAGGGCAAGUCCCACCUCUUGUAACUACAAAUUUCUUGGUCAAGGAUCAAGGCAACGCAAGCCCCCGCUACAUAAGAUGCACAUCUUACAAUAUUCCCUGCACCUCAGACAUGGCCAAACAGUCCCAAGUUCCCCUGGCUGCUGUCAUAAAACCACUGGCUGCUCUGCCCCCAGAGGAGACCCUUCCUUACUUGGUAGAUCAUGGAGAGUCUGGCCCUGUCCGAUGCAAUAGGUGCAAGGCUUACAUGUGCCCUUUUAUGCAAUUCAUCGAGGGCGGAAGGAGGUUCCAGUGCUGUUUCUGCAGCUGCGUCACUGAGGUGCCACCUCACUAUUUCCAGCAUUUGGAUCAUACUGGAAAGCGGGUAGACUUCUAUGAUAGGCCCGAGUUAUCACUGGGAUCUUACGAGUUUCUAGCAACAGUUGACUAUUGCAAGAAUAACAAGUUUCCUAGUCCCCCUGCUUUCAUUUUCAUGAUUGAUGUGUCCUACAACGCUGUGAAGAGUGGCUUAGUGAGGCUAAUAUGUGAAGAAUUGAAGUCACUCCUAGAUUACCUCCCCAGGGAAGGCAACAUGGAAGAAUCAGCCAUUCGAGUUGGCUUUGUCACCUACAACAAGGUGUUACACUUCUAUAAUGUGAAGAGCUCACUGGCACAGCCACAAAUGAUGGUUGUCUCGGAUGUGGCAGAUAUGUUUGUGCCUCUCCUCGAUGGUUUUCUGGUGAACGUGAAUGAGUCCAGGACAGUGAUUGCCAGUUUGCUGGACCAGAUUCCAGAAAUGUUUGCAGACACGAGAGAAACGGAAACUGUUUUUGCACCUGUGAUUCAAGCAGGGCUGGAGGCGCUGAAGGCAGCCGAGUGUGCUGGCAAGCUCUUCAUUUUCCACACCUCUCUGCCCAUUGCAGAGGCCCCUGGAAAGUUAAAGAACAGGGAUGAUAAGAAACUGAUCAACACAGAUAAGGAGAAGACUUUGUUUCAACCACAGACAAGCUUUUACAACAAUUUGGCCAAGGACUGCGUGGCCCAGGGCUGCUGUGUGGAUCUCUUCCUGUUUCCAAACCAGUAUUUGGAUGUGGCAACACUAGGUGUAGUAACCUUCCAGACAGGAGGCUCCAUCUAUAAGUAUGCGUAUUUCCAGCUGGAGACAGACCAAGACAGGUUCCUAAAUGACUUGAGAAGAGAUGUCCAGAAGGAAGUGGGAUUUGAUGCUGUAAUGAGAGUGCGCACAAGCACAGGUAUUCGAGCAACUGACUUUUUUGGAGCUUUCUACAUGAGCAACACAACAGAUGUUGAAAUGGCCGGUUUAGACUGUGAUAAAACAAUCACAGUGGAGUUCAAGCAUGAUGACAAACUGAGCGAAGAUAGUGGUGCACUCCUCCAGUGUGCUCUGUUAUAUACAAGUUGUGCAGGACAGCGACGACUCCGCAUUCACAACCUCUCCUUAAACUGCUGCACGCAGCUUGCUGACCUCUAUCGAAACUGUGAGACAGACACCCUCAUCAAUUACUUGGCUAAAUAUGCAUAUCGUGGAGUUCUGAGUAGUCCAGUAAAGGCUGUACGAGAUGCACUGAUCAGCCAGUGCGCCCAGAUCCUUGCUUGCUAUCGAAAGAACUGUGCUAGUCCCUCUUCGGCUGGCCAGCUGAUCCUCCCUGAAUGCAUGAAGCUGCUUCCUGUGUACUUGAAUUGUGUGUUGAAGAGUGACGUCCUUCAGCCCGGUCCAGAGGUCACAACAGAUGACCGUGCCUACAUUCGUCAGUUGGUCACAUCCAUGGAUGUGGCAGAAACAAACGUUUUCUUUUAUCCCAGGCUUUUGCCUCUGACCAAAGCAGAUGUUGACAGUGACUCCUUGCCAGCAGCAAUCCGGAACUCAGAGGAACGUCUCUCCAAGGGUGACAUUUAUCUGUUGGAGAAUGGGCUGAACAUCUUUGUGUGGGUGGGAGUCAAUGUGCAGCAAGGCCUGAUCCAGAAUCUCUUUGGAGUGUCAUCCUUCAGUCAGAUCAGCAACACCUUGAGUACCCUGCCUGUCUUGGAAAACGCCUUUUCAAAGAAAGUACGAUCUAUUGUCAGCAUGCUUCAAAUGCAGAGAUCCCGCUACAUGAAGUUAAUAAUUGUGAAGCAAGAAGAUAAGCUAGAGAUGCUGUUCAAACACUUCCUGGUGGAGGACAAGAGCCUGAGCGGGGGUGCUUCCUAUGUGGACUUCCUGUGUCACAUGCACAAGGAGAUUCGGCAGCUACUGAGCUAGAGGCGGGAGUGGUGCUAGAACUCAGCAGUGACAUUUCAGUCUCCACUAAUGACCUGAUGGGAGGGCCCAGCACCCUCAAACAGGACAACAUAGAAAUCUGUACAAUUCCAUAAUUUUUAAUACACCUUGCAUAAGCAGAAAUCCUUUCAACUUCUCCCAGUCCCAUAUGAGAGAUGAAACAUUCUCCUGGUGAGGGCUAAACAAAAGGCCUUUGAUACCAGGUCUUUUACCCGUAUCAGAAUUGUUUCCUGUGCUUGGCAGGAGUUCGCCCCCCCACCCCUUGCUCGCUAAUCCUGUUGUAAUGAAUGUAGUUUUUUUUCAGUUCACUGUACAUGAUUCAACAUCGGGUGAAAAAGCGGUAACUUCAAAACUUCUGGUAGUUGCUGUGUGUGUGUGUGUGUUUGUGUGGGCGCGUGUGCAUGCUCCAGGUGUGAAGAGGAUGCGCAGUCCAGGAGGAUGAGAGGCAGGCUGGGCGGUGGGAAGCGGAGCAGCCAAAUAUGUUGUGUCUCCUUCUCUGAAGAGGAAAACAUGAAUUGCAGAGCAUAGAUGUAUCGUGUGGCUGGCUGAACCUGAAAUCCAUGGAAAAGAGCAUGAAUGAUAAGCCAAGAGGCAGCAGGGCAAAUUUCUAUCUGCAAUCAUCCCUUUACCGUACAUUGCUGUGCACAUCUGUAAUGGAGUAACAGUUCAGUAAGCAACAUCAGCGGCUUCUGAACAGCGUUAGGGAUAAAUACGGUGCUUCCUGGUGUGUGUGUAUGGCGUCUCCUUCCCUUCUCAUUGCACGCUUCUGUAGUGCCCUUCUCAGUCCAUGUUCCAUGGCCUCUCGUGCAGAGCUUACCUGUCUAUCCAGAUGGUGGUGGGAACAAAGCCUCUUGCCCUUAAGCAGAAAAUACUUUUAAGAAGGUGGUGUGGGGCUGUGUAGGAACUGGAUGAUAAGAAAGUGGCCAUGUUCAAACAUAUUAUUGUGAAUUAUAGUAAACAAACGGGAAUUUGAGUUAUACUGAUGCAAAUUUGAGACUGCUUUGUACUCUAGAAUACAAGGAAGGGGAUAUGAGAACUAAGAUUUAGACUGUAUUGCAAGUACCCAGUAUCUGGUUUUGGAAGCACCUGGGCCAUAGUGAAGAGUUUCCUUGCUGGAUAUUUAUACCCUCCCUCGUUCUACCUACUGAUCAGCUUGCACAAAACCUUUUUCUAAGCCUGUUUGUUAAACUAAAAUACCUCAGACAGAUUAAUUCAUUCACUUUGGCCACUCUGAUGCUCCGUUCUGCAAGGGUGGACGAGAAGACUCCUGCGAAGAGUGAGCAAGAGCAAGUCAAAUUCAGAGUUCUAAGGGCUUUGUUUACUCACUUUGGAAAAGAGGCUUGUAUAUUUUAACAUGAAUGCUUAAGUGUUCUUACAAUACCUGGGAGUUCAAGCUGUAAGCACUAAGUGUGGAAGGAAGAAUGUAGAUGGGUUAGAGAACAUAUUCAGCUUGAUAUUUCAGAGGAAAGUCCUUGUUAAGAUCAGAAGGAUACCUGGCUGUGCUUUUAGUUCCAUAUCCUGUAGCAUAUAUAUAAAUCCAUUUUUCUUCUAAUGCUGCUAGUUUGUCUUCCCUCCCAUCACUACACAGACAGUGGAAUAUGAAAAUUGUAAUGGAGAAAUUCUUUCACGAUGGAGUUGACAGAACCUUUGGCGUUUUUGUGUAAGUGUGGCUGACUUUUUACUCCACGUACUGCCUCCAACCAAAAAAAAAGUAGAGGAUUUUUAACCAGAGGGGAAAAACAAGAACAAGUUCCUGGGAAUAUAAGGCACAGCAACCACAGAAUUCAACAAAUACUGAUUUCUAGUAUUAAUAUUUGGGGGCAGGGGGGUGGAAAUGAAAUCAUAAAUGAACCUUUCAUU